AGGAGGAACGUUUGAGCAGCUCAGGUCGCUGAUUUGAAAUGAAAUCAGCUGAUCCGCCGGAUGGGGGCGGGUUCAAAUACGAGUGGAAGCCAUCUUGGACGUUUGCUUGGCUCGUUGGUAGUCAGCUAAAGAUCGCUCACAAACACCGUAUACGAAACCGGCUAUUUCAAUAGUUCAAGGGUUGGACAGCCCGAGGAAGGACACAGCGGCCCAGUUUAGCUAAUCAAGAUGGCUAGCUAAACAGUCGGCCAGUGCUUGAACGCUAGCGAAGCCCUCCUGGUGUUAUUUUCCAGAUAACUUUGACAGAAUAAAUCUAUGCUAAACCCUAAUUUAAUUUCCAUGCAUAGAAGUCUUACACAAGUUGAGAGGAGGAAUUUGUUUCUGGACACUUGAUGUCCCAAAAAAUAUUGAGAAGAAAAGGAUUUACUAUUUACCUUUAGUUAAUAAAGUUAAAAAAAAUAAAAGGCGAGGGCAGUUUUUACGUUUGGAGUGGACUCACUUCAUCUGGAAACUGUUAAAGGUUUCAUUGCUAUUGGAAUAGAAAAGCUAGGCCAAGUCAACAUGAGCACCGCCAGGACAGAGAACCCAGUGAUUUUGGGCUUGCCCAACCAGAACGGGCAGCUCAGAGGCUCGGUGAAGCCUGCUGGAGCACCAGGUGGAGGUGGAGGAGGGCCUCAACAGCAGCAGCUUAACCAGAUGAAAGGCACAAUCAACAAUGGAAACUCCCAGCCAGCCCCGACGACAAACGCUGUCAUCAAGCCUGGAGAUGACUGGAAGAAAAAUUUAAAAUUACCCCCAAAGGACAUGAGGAUGAAAACUUCGGAUGUGACUGCAACUAAAGGCAAUGAGUUUGAAGAUUAUUGCCUAAAGAGGGAGCUUCUUAUGGGAAUCUUUGAGAUGGGCUGGGAAAAGCCCUCUCCAAUCCAGGAGGAAAGCAUCCCCAUUGCACUGUCAGGAAGGGAUAUUUUGGCCAGAGCCAAGAAUGGCACGGGAAAGAGUGGAGCCUACCUCAUUCCCUUACUUGAACGCAUUGACCUGAAGAAGGACUGCAUACAAGCUUUGGUCAUAGUGCCCACCAGAGAACUGGCUCUGCAAGUAAGCCAAAUAUGUAUCCAGGUCAGCAAACACAUGGGUGGUGUGAAGGUCAUGGCAACCACAGGUGGAACCAAUCUCCGUGAUGACAUCAUGAGACUUGAUGAAACGGUACAUGUGGUCAUUGCCACACCUGGGAGGAUUUUAGACCUCAUCAAGAAAGGAGUGGCCAAAGUUGGUCAAGUGCAGAUGAUUGUUCUCGAUGAAGCUGACAAACUCCUGUCUCAGGACUUUGUGGUCAUGAUGGAGGAGAUCCUGGGCUUCCUGCCCAAGCAGAGGCAGAUCUUGCUUUAUUCUGCAACCUUCCCCCUCAGCGUGCAGAAGUUCAUGAAUGCUCACUUGCAGAAACCCUAUGAAAUCAACCUAAUGGAGGAGCUUACACUGAAGGGUGUGACUCAGUAUUAUGCUUAUGUAACUGAAAGGCAAAAAGUCCAUUGCCUUAACACCUUGUUUUCCAGGCUCCAGAUCAACCAGUCCAUAAUCUUCUGCAACUCAUCUCAGAGGGUGGAGCUCCUUGCCAAGAAGAUCUCCCAGCUUGGUUAUUCAUGUUUCUACAUUCAUGCAAAGAUGAGACAGGAGCAUCGUAACCGCGUGUUCCACGACUUCAGAAAUGGCCUCUGCCGGAAUCUAGUCUGCACUGACCUCUUCACAAGAGGAAUUGACAUUCAAGCUGUGAAUGUUGUGAUCAACUUUGAUUUUCCUAAGCUGGGAGAAACGUACCUUCAUCGCAUCGGUAGAUCCGGCCGCUUUGGACACCUGGGUCUAGCCAUCAACCUCAUCACAUAUGAUGACCGCUUCAACCUGAAGGGAAUUGAGGAGCAGCUUGGAACAGAAAUUAAGCCCAUCCCAGGCAUCAUUGACAAGAGCCUAUACGUGGCAGAGUACCACAGUGAGAGUGGUGAAGAAGUGAAGCCAUGAACCAACCAGUCCAUCCUCCACUCCCCCUGUAAUCCUUCAUCCCCACGUCUUUGGAUUUUUUUUUUUUUGUUUUUUUUUUUUUUUUUAUGUACAGUUGCUGUCUGUCUUUUUUUGGAUGCCACCAUUAGGAAUGUGUAUUUUGAUGGAUGCGUUUUGAACUCACCUGCCUUUUUAAGGCUCUGUGCUGCACACCACACCCUGAAGACACGGGCACCGGGAGGAAAGAGUGGGACCAAGUCGAAAAAGUUAUCAGCGCACAUUGUGAUGAUUCAUAUCCACCACUGACACACAGCCAGCACCGACUGACUGAGACGGGACACCCUCCAUCCUCCACUCUUUAGUUUGGAAGUUUUAACCAAUUUAUAUCAAGUGCCUUAAACAGUUCGACCAGUUCUAAAGUAAUAACCCUUCAUUAUCGGUCAUCUUGCUCACUUCAUACCACAUAUUCCUGUUCACCUAAUUGAAAAUUUGCUACACUAAUUUAAUGUCUGAUUAAAAUGGGUGAAUUCAUAACUGUUUUUGGUUGGGUCAUCCGUUUGCAGCGACUGGAGGCAAUUGGAGGCAGGCUGAUCUGAAUGAUCUUUUUGCUGGCUAAGCUGAACUUGAGUCUGGCUGAUUGAGGACAAACGUGGAUUUUCCGUGGACAGAGAUGCUGGAUUUUUUUUUUUUUGUUUGUUUUCUCCAAGAUGCAGCCAGACUGUUAGUAACUUGUGAAGAAGCUUGUGCUUCUGAGAGACCCAAACUCUUUCCUCCGUCUUCAGCAUCAGAACACUAAAAAUGAACAAGCAGCCAGCGGAAACACCGCGAGUCACGAGGAUUCCUGUUUUGGUGGAGUUUAUUUGGCGUCAAUGCCCUUUUCUUUUUUUUCUUUGUCCUGUGUUUCACCUUCCUAUGGAUGGCCAUACUUAAUUCUGUGAGAUGUGCAGCCGACAUUUGGGGUGCACCUUACACUUUGUGUAUAUACCUUCAUUUUAAGAUUGUUUUAAACAAGUUGAAAAGGCUGCCUGACAACUCAAAGCUAUCCGCCCCCUCUCUCUUGUUGGCACUGGAGAUGUUUUCCUUAACUGCCGGUUAGUUUGAUCAGCAAUAUUGGUCUGUGAAUUUAUUUAUAAUUUUAGAAACUGCAGAAUUUAUCAGAAUCUAAAACAUUUAAAUGGCUUUGCUCAUGAAAUGUUUUUAGAGACAGUUAUUGCUGAUACUUUUAGCCCAUCCAGAUUUGAUGGAAUGUUUCUUCAGACGCUCUUCACUGUUUAACUUGUCGCCCUCGUUGAUUUUUGCUCCCAGUGUUAACAAGUGUGAGUGCAGACAGAUGGCUUUCUGAAGCUUGUGCGUUUGAGUAAUGAAUUUGUCACCAGCCUUGACUUGUGAAACUCUUGAAACACUCUUAAGAUCUGUGCUUACACUGAGUGCUGGUGUUGGAAAAGACAAUGAUAUUCUAUCGCGUACUACUCGCUGCAGUGCAGCUGAAUUGGCAGAUAAUUUGUUUUGUGGGGACGGUAUUAGCUGUUAGGUUGAUUUAUGCCCUGUUUAAGCACAGCUACAUCACUUCCUGAUAGUUGGGGGGGGGGGGGGGGGGGCUGUUUUAUUUUCCCCCUUGUUUUUGACGAAUGUUGGCCAAAUGCAUCAAAAUGAACCAUCUGACCUAAAAUGUAGCAGGAAUAAAUUGUGCUUUGCAAGUUAGCUGGCUUAAAAUCAGCUAACAAGAUACUUAAACGACCUGAGCAAGUUGAGCAGCACUUGCAGAGAUGGUUCAUGCAGCUACACUUACUGCACUGCUUUUAUACACUCGGUGCCCAAAUGGGUGUGAAGUGUAUGAUGGUGCGGGGGGGGGGGGUUAUAAAAUUAGUUUGUCGGACUGCUUGUUGAGGAAAUAACUUGGGCAUCCCAGCCUGCUGAGUUUAUGGCUUAUUUCUCUGCCCUUGGUUGAUUUUUGUUUUUUGGGGCUUUAUCUGCAUUUCUGUGCAACAUGACAACCUUAGACUUAAAGGUCCUCUGAUCACUUUGUUCAGCCGGAGCCUUUUUGUAACCGAGGUUCCCUUUAAUAUGGCGAGAUGCUCUCGACUGUUUUAACCAAUGAGAAGCAUUGCUCCUUUAAUUUAAGCUCAUUUCAAAGGUGAGCGUAGUAGUGACGAUUUCCCCGUGUGUUCUCAUUGGUUAGGACUCUGAUCCCUGUUCUCACACUUCUGCUGUUGUCCCGGAAAUACUUACACAUCUAAAUUGAUAAUUAGGCUGUAGCUUUUUUUG